UCUCUAGCCUAUCCAUGGAUCCUCCCAUGUCUUGCAAAAUACUUGCCACCAUACUCAUGAUGGCCACCGCGGCUGCACUUGUCUCGGAAGCCGCGGAUCUGCCAUCGCUUGAAAGACAAGCAAGAGUGCUCCUCGCGUGGAAAGCCACGCUCAACAACGAGAGCCAAGACUCAUUACAAUCCUGGGGAAACAUAUCAGCACCUUGCAAUUGGCGUGGGAUUCGAUGCGGUAUGCACAAGCUGCGCCGGCGCCGACCACUGGUCACCAGCAUAUCUCUACGAGGGAUGCGGCUGCGAGCGAAGCUGGACUCCCUCGACUUCUCCACCUUGAGAACCUUGACAAGCCUCGACCUCUCGCACAAUGAGCUUACCGGGAGCAUCCCUUCGAGUAUGGGGCUCCUCACGGAGCUCGAGACUAUGCUUCUGCACGCAAACAAGAUAAGAGGCUCAAUUCCACCUGCUUUCGCAAACCUCACAAAAUUGCGUUUCCUGUUUCUCCAAGAAAAUCAACUCUCUGGUGAGAUUCCAAGGCAAAUAGGAAAGUUGAGUAAUCUUCUGAGCCUGAACUUGUCGAGCAACCACUUGGUUGGUCCUAUCCCUUGUGAAGUAGGCCACCUGAGGCACCUGGUUAAAUUAGAUUUAUCUCAAAAUGUCUUCUCCGGCCUAGUAUCCUUCUGCCCACCUAACUCAUCCAUCCAAAAUUCUAUGGAUGAUUUUCCAUCGCAGUAUGUUCCAAAAGUAAACCUAGGAAAUCUAACUAUACUAUCGAUAUCUCGUAAUAACUUAGAAGGUCCCAUUCCCAAAGAUAUAGUGAAUUUCUUUAACUUAAAGUAUCUAGACAUCAGCCACAACAACUUUUCAGGUUCAAUCCCGAGCCAAAUAGGUGGCCUGACCAAACUCACAACCUUGUACCUUUACCAUAAUCAACUUUCCGGCUACAUCCCCCGAAUUAUAGGUUCUUUGGUGAACUUAGAGGACUUGAGGCUCAACAAUAACACACUAUCAGGUUCCAUUCCAACCAAUUUCUGGAAUUUGUCUAAGCUCGUGGCCUUACACCUUCACCGCAACCAACUUUCUGGGCAAAUUCCUUCGGAGAUAGGUGAUCUGGUUAACUUAGAAGACUUAAGGCUUAGCUACAACACACUAACAGGUUCCAUCCCAACUCAUUUGGGAAAUUUGACCAACCUCAGUACAUUGUACCUCGGCCAGAACCAUCUUCGUGGGAAAGUUCCCCAAGAACUAGGUUAUUUGGUUAACAUGCAGGACUUGCAGCUCGCUCUGAAUAACCUAACAGGUCCCAUCCCAAACAGCUUAGGGAAUUUAACUAAGCUCACUUUCUUGAACCUUAAUUUUAACCAUCUUUCUGGACACAUUCCUCAAGAACUUGGCAAGUUAAUGAAUCUCGAGAUGUUCGGAGUUUCUCGCAACAACCUCUCUGGGGACUUGCCAUCGGGCCUUUGUGCAGGAGGCAAGCUACAGUUUUUCACUGCGGAUGGAAACAACUUGGUUGGACCCUUGCCAACAAGCUUGUUAACUUGCAGAAGCCUAGUCAAAGUUCGCCUUGAAGGAAAUCAUCUCGAAGGAGAUAUCUCUGAGAUGGGAGUUCAUCCGAACCUUACAUAUUUUGAUAUCAGCUCAAAUAAACUAUUUGGUAGAUUAUCUAACCGUUGGGGCGAGUGUUACAAAUUGUCCAUGCUACGGGUCUCAAACAACAAUAUUACCGGAGUCAUACCGACAAGCAUAGGGCAAUUGUCUCAACUGGAGAUACUUGAUCUUUCCUCAAAUAAACUUGAAGGACAGAUUCCACAGGAAGUUGGCAAUAUAACAAUGGUGUUCAGUCUGAGUCUUGGUAAUAACUUGCUGCAAGGAAGUAUUCCACGGGAAAUUGGCUUCCUAAAGAAUUUGAAUUAUUUGGAUUUGUCAUCAAACAACCUAAAUGGACCAGUACCAGGGUCAAUCAAGCAUUGUUUCAAGCUUCGCUUUCUGAAGCUGAGCCAUAAUAACCUCAAUGGCAAUAUUCCUGUAGAACUAGGAAUUCUGUUAUACCUACAAGAUUUGUUGGAUCUAAGUGACAACUCUUUUUCUGGUGCUAUUCCUAAUCAACUGAGUGCUCUCAGUGCAAUCGAAGCCUUGAAUCUUUCACACAAUACAUUGACUGGAAGUAUUCCACAAUCAUUCCAGAGCAUGGUCAGCCUCUUAUCCAUGGAUGUUUCAUACAAUGAACUAGAAGGGCCAGUGCCAAAGAGUAAGCUCUUCGAAGAAGCUCCACUUGAAUGGUUUAUGCAUAAUAAGAAAUUAUGUGGUUUGGUGAGAGGUUUGCCUCCUUGUGACCUUACUCAAGGUGGUCAGCAGGGAAAACGGUCUAGAGGUACUUUAAUAGCAAUAGUUACAGUUGUAUCUUUUGUGCUUAUCAUGGCACUAGUAACGUUGCUAUGUAUAAAGAGAAAACCCAAGGCAGAAAGUGUAAAUAAUAUGCGACAAACAAAAUUGUUUGUCUUGUGGAACUUCAAUGGAGAAGAUGUGUACAAGAAAAUCAUUGACGCAACAGAAAAUUUCAGUGACGCUCACUGCAUUGGAACCGGAGGAAAUGGGUCUGUCUAUAGAGCUCAGUUACCAACAGGUGAGACAUUUGCAGUGAAGAAGAUCAAUAUGACUGAAGAUGAUGAGCUAUUUAAUCGUGAAAUAUACGCGUUGAUGCAUAUUCGACAUCGCAACAUUGCAAAGUUAUUUGGCUACUGCUCUGCUACUCGGGAAAGAUUUCUUGUGUAUGAAUACAUGGAUAGAGGUAGCUUAGCAGCAUCCUUGGAAAGUAAGGAAACUGCAGCUGAAUUGGAUUGGACGAGAAGGUUAAAUAUUGCUGGGGAUGUUGCUCAUGCUUUGUCUUAUAUGCAUCAUGAUUGCUUUGCACCCAUAGUGCAUAGAGAUAUAAAAAGCAGCAACAUUUUGCUUGAUGUUGAGUUCAGAGCUUGCAUCUCUGAUUUUGGUAUAGCAAAAAUACUAGACGUGGAUGCAUCAAACUGCACAAGGCUUGCCGGCACAAAAGGUUAUCUGGCCCCAGAGCUUGCGUAUACAACAAGGGUGACUGAGAAGUGUGACGUUUAUAGCUUUGGAGUACUGGUUCUGGAGCUGUUUAUGGGACAUCAUCCAGGAGAUUUUCUUUCGUCAAUGGCCAAUAAAUCUACGCCAUUCGAGGACUUUCUGGACAUCCGGCUCCCCCUCCCUGAAGAUGAGAUUGCAAGUGAAAUAAUUAACGUGGUUGGGGCCGCUAUUUGGUGCCUACAACCUGAUCCAUCGCAGCGCCCAACGAUGCAAGAAGUAAUCAACGUGUUCUCUACAACUAAAGGAUGUGAUCAGUAUCUUGAUUAUCUACACACCGACAUAGCCAUCCCUGCCUCCUGGUAGUGAAUGUUCAUUUAGCACAUUGUUGUUCCUUUGAUUACAAACUUUUGUAAUGCAUCAUGUGUAUGGUACUAAUACUUUAUGCCAUUCAUAGCUGGUUGGCUACAGCUACAUACAAAUCUUUGUAUAGCAAAGCUGCUACUAUUUA